AUGUUUGUUGAGCAACACGACCGUGACCAACAAGAGUGUGCUUCCUGCGUCUCUGCGUUGCGAAAAUUUGAACACAACAUAUUCACAAUGGCCAUCACAAAAUCCGAGAAGCGGCGUAAGAUUGCCACUAGUCCGUCUACGACGACUCCCAAGAGGAAGAUAGCUGACAACAUGGCGUCCCCAUUGACAAAGCGAGGACUCACUGUUUCUCCGGCCGGUUCUCCAUCUUCACCGAUUACCCCUCGUGCCAAAUCACUACCCCUUCCUUCUCACCUUUCCCGCAUGGUUACAAUCCAUACUGCUCUCGAGACAAGUUUGUCUUUGUCCCUCGCAACUUCCUCCCGAGCUCCGUCCCAGCUCACGGGUCACCUUCCUGCUAUUACCAACACAGUUGCGCUGGAAUCUGCAGGACUCCGUGUUCGCUGUGGAGUGGAGGAAAUCCGUCGUCUAUGCUGGCUUUGGGAGUGGGACGGAUGUACUCUCCCUCAGUCUGUUGAUGAAGCCUCCAAGCCUGGUAUACGCUCUACAGGUCCACUAGAGGAUAGCAGCGAAGACAAUCCAUUCCUCGACUCCAACACUCCUCGAAAAUCUGCUCCGGCUCCCACCCCACCUCCGACCGAUUGGCUCCGUGGAGGAAUGGGUUUAAUUGUGACACCGACAACCCAAAUUCAGCGAGCUGAAGGUCGUCGUGUCCCCGCCUACGGGAUAGGAAUUAAAGUCGAAGUCACGUCCGAUGACUCGGUUGGCGUAGCUCUUAGUGCCGCGGCAAAAUGGACGGCAGAUUCACAUUUACGCCGAAAAGAGUUGACGGACAAACUUCACCAGUGGGUCAAGUUACACGAAGUUUCUCAAGUUACACCAAAGGCCAACGGGAAGACGAAACGGCUCCGGUCUCUGUCACCAGUUCCCAUUCCCCCUAUCCCAUUUGCCGAUCUUCCCCCACUUUCAUCAAUACCCAUGACGUCAACACCAAGUACACAACGCAUACUUCAAACACCAUCCAAAGGAAUGUUUUCCACGCCAAGUCGUGGUACGAUCAGUACACCCACAUUUGCGCGCCGACAAGGCGGUUUCGGUACACCAUCCUCGGGUAGAAGCGUUUUCAACACUCCCAGUCACCGGAAAGGUGGUAUCUUUGCUACGCCAACCUCUGCUCACCGCAGCGGGGCAGGGACACCUGCCACAGAUAAACGCCUGUUUGACAUGGCUCCCCCAAUGACACCAACAACUCGUGCUGCUGGCGUCCCACUCCCCCCUACCCCUGCAACGACUCCAUCAUUGUACUCUUCAUCUGCAUCGGAAUCUGGUGAUUCACGGCCUUGCACCCCGUGCACAAAUCGAGUCUUGUUCAAAUCAGCACAAGGAGUUGACCCUCAAACACCUCGAAAAGACAAAGAUGCUACGCCAUCUGUGCCUAUGACUCCUCGUCAAGCUGCAUUGGCUGAGCGACUUCGUCAACGUGGGCUUGCCACACCCUCAGGAAAGACCACAACCGUGACACUGGGCUACGAUGCCGAAACUGACACAGUUCGGACUGCCGAGGCAACCCCUGCCGAACUUCGCCGUCGCUGCUUGCUUGCUCGACUCCCUGACGCUGCCGAAACUUUGUUAGCUAUGUUUACGUCGCGUCGUGUUAUUCCCCUGAAAGAGGCCGCUCGAUCGAUUGUCAGCGCGUCUAGAGUUACUACCCAAGAAGCUGAAGAUGAAAUUCGAAUGCUUGCGGAGUUGUGCCCCAAGUUCUUACGGAUUCGGAUUGUGGAGCGGGAUGAGUGGGUUGAACGAGGUACCGGAAUUGCAACGGGUAAAACAACCAAGUUGUCAAGCCCCAGCGGAUCGAAGAGCUCUGUACAGCCGAUCUCCAGCCCAGCCCACAAGAGUAUUUCUGGUUCUGGUGUCCAGACUCCUUCCACACCUGCCCGGACCGGCUCUAAAAGUACGGGAACUUCAAAACUAGCCGCUGGCAGCCCAUCCAGCAGUUCCCUUGCAUCGGCCACACCCCGUAAGGCAAAGGAGUUAGAGGUUUUCGGAUUAAGGGAAAUUAGAGAGUUGGUCCGCCGUGAGCUUGAGGGGGGAAUAUAA